AUGUCACUGCAAGUGUCCAAUCAAACUACGUCCGGGCGUCGUACACCGCAGGUGUAUCCUGGAUUUGGUGCUUUACCUGCUGGCGCAACAGCUACAACACCAACGGCCACCAAUGGAAGUGGCACAGCAAGCGGACCGAAUACCGCUGGAAGCGGAUCAGUCGGUCGUGCGGGAAAAGGCAACAGCAAACAAUCACAUAUUCCGGUAGCAAUCGGUAGUGUGGUCGGUACGCCAAACAUCACCGAAACCACCCCUGCAGCUGCGGCAGCACCACAAACAGCCGUUGUACACCCCGGUACGGCAGGAACCACCGAUGGAACGCCUGGACAAAAAUCACUCCAAUCGGAUCACGUUUAUGGCAUGAAACAACAGAGCACUGCUGCUGCUGCUACAAUGAUCCCAGCUGCUGCUGCGAAUCGGUCAACCACCAACGGAACUCAAUCGGCGACGGCUGAUAAAAGCAGAGUUUCUCAGCAGAAAUCUUCUGCAGAGGUUGCAGUGACCGGCAAAAAGGCAGAACAACCAGCCGCACCACCACAGCUUGCCGUGACAGGCGAAACUGGUUCAAAGCUACGCGCUCCAACAAACUCCCGCAAUGCACAGCAGAAACAAUCGGCGGCUGAUGAAGGUGUUGCUGCUGCAAAAGCAUCCGUGCAGCAGCCGAAGACCGAAAAAGCUGCUGUUACCGAUAAUUCUCUUCUGACGGAAAAAUCACUCCGAGGAUUCAUGUCUGAUGGUGAAGAGAUGGAAUCGCUUCUGUUGGAUCCGUGGGAUUUGGAGGACACACAGCCGCUAGCUCGCACGAACGCUGGCAAGUCCAAGGCUGCGCAAAAAGCGGUACCACAGGCACAGGCACGCGUUAGCCCGUUCAAGACGGGAAAGCAGCAGGAUAAUGCUACCGUAGAGAAGGAAGCAACUAACAGCAGCAGCCCAUCCAAGAAGGGUGCUGCUCCACCGGAAGUAGAAGCUGACAAGAAUCGUUCACCGAAAGCGUCGGUCGCCUCCAAGGGUGGUGAAUCCACUGCUCCGUCUACACCUGUGAGCAGCGGUAACGAUUCGUUGAUCGGACGUCCGCUCCGUUCCAUCUCCGGUCGCCGUUCGACCCGUCCGAUUGCAGACAUCAAGUUUACGCACCAUCGCCGUUCGAUCGCCGAUCCGCACAACGAUUCGAUUUCCAGCAUGAAUGUAACGAUCGGUUCGGAGGUUGGGAACGAUAGUCUGUUGAUGCGUACGCCAGCACCGGCAUCGCGCAAACGCAAGGACAUGACGCCGGAAUCGACCUCGGAUAUUGCUGUGGCCGAGAGUCCGAAACGGGCACGGUUUGAUUUGAGCGGCAUUUUCAGCAAAGUUGUCGGCACACCGGUAUCGAUGCUAAAGGACCGUUUGUUCCGUGUCAACCUACAGAGCACACCGCGUGCGUUGAUCGUUGAUGAGGAGGACGCAUCGAAGGUAGUUACGGCCGAAGCUACCACCACAACCGCUAACAUUACACCCCAGAAGGAUGGUGAAGGUGGUGCUGCCGACAAACCGGCGGAAGGUCAAACUACCGCCGCAAAAAUGGAGAUAGAUGUGGCUGAAAAGGAGGACAAAUCAGUUGCCGAGUCCGGUCAGACGGUCGUUUCGGGAAAGGAUGACACCGAGAAGCAGCAGCAACAAGGGCAGGAAUCUUCAUCGGCCACCGUUGCUGAUGAGGAUGAGGUUGAGGUGAAGAUCGUCACCACUGGCCAGCAGCAACCAAAGCGGUGUAGUAUUAUGUAA